AUGGAUAGCUCUGAAUCUGAGUACACCGAUUCAGAAGAAUACGAAGUGUGCCAGUUGAGGUCAAACUCCUGCUCACUACCUUUUGAUCCCAUGUCCAUAGAGAACAUUAUUUUAGCUCUCAGCGACCAAUUUGAUUUCCGUGUGGUGUUGAAUGAUGAAAGAGCAAGAACUGCGUUAAUGGUAACCUCUGGGCUAACUUUAGCUGGCACAUUGAUCGGACGGCAUUAUGGCGGGAAAGUUGGCGCCGCAGUGGGUGGAGUAGUUGGAGGAGCUUGUGGCCUUGGAAUAAUUCUUGUGACCAUGAGAGACAUUUGGGACGACAUCAAGGAAAAAUUGUCUGAGUUAUUUGAUAUUGUUUAUGAUUAUUUGGCUGGAAUGGGAAUGGAAGAUUACAGAAAAGCGGCUAUAUUCUUGACUCAGAACGCAACUGGGUCAUCUCAAUUGGCAACAAUAGUACUGGAAACAGCUUCUGAUAUUCUCGGAAAGAAAAUUAUGUCUAGUUUGACUGCUGCUUAA